AUGGAGUGUCCAAAUCAAACAGCACCGGCUGCGUUUAUCCUCUCUGGCUUCUCAUUCCCCAAGGAACUGAAGGUGCCAUUGUUACUCUUCUUCUUGCUUAUGUACACUCUGACUCUCUGUGGAAAUUCCCUGAUCGUCUGGGUGGUGGCAUCUGACGUCCAGUUGCACAAGCCCAUGUACUGGUUCCUCUGCCAUUUGUCCAUCCUGGAUAUGGCUUUCUCCUCCGUCGUGGUCCCCAGGGUGAUUGCAGGGUUCAUCCCCGGUGGGAAAAUCAUCUCUUUUGGAGAAUGUAUGUGUCAGGUAUUCUUUUUUAAUUUCCUCGGAUGUACUGAAAGUCUCCUUUACACUGUUAUGGCUUACGACCGCUUCAUUGCUAUCUGCAAGCCCCUCCACUACAGCCAUAUCAUGCGCUGGAGAGUCUGCCUCAUCCUCUCUUUGGGUGCCAUGAUGGGAGGCUGCCUCAACUCAGUUUUCGAGACAAUCCUCACCCUUCAAGUGCCCUAUGGAUGGAGCAACCAGAUUGACUAUGUCUUUUGUGACAUCCCUGCCCUGCUGAAGCUGGCUUGUGUAGACACAACUUUCAAUGAGACUGUGAUUGCAGUGGGCAUUGGCUUGGUGGCCAUAACCUGCUUCAUUCUUAUCCUGACCUCCUAUGUCUAUAUUGUCUCCGCCAUCUUGAGGAUCAGCAGCAGUGAAGGGCGUCGCCGGGCCUUCUCCACUUGCACAGCCCACAUCGCUGUGGUAGUAAUCUAUUAUGUGCCAGUCAUUUUCCAUUACCUGAGGCCAGUAUCUCAGGGCACCAUGGAUGAUGUGGUGAGCAUGUUCUAUACCACAAUAACCCCAUUUCUGAAUCCUGUCAUCUACACAUUCAGGAAUAAAGAGAUGAAGGCCGCUCUGUCAAAACUGCGGGUUGGGAAUUCCAACUAA